AUGAAAAGAAGUCAAACACUGAUAGUUGUUAAAGGAGGGGAGGCAGAGAAUGAGGAUAGCCACUCGAACGCAGUUCUGAGAGUAACUAGAAGAAGAUCAGCUUCGUCAAAACCUUCAUAUGCCGUCUAUUCAUUACAAGAAAAGAUUAAAGAAUUAGAAUUAUCAGGUAUUAAGGAAAGUACUCCGGAAGUAUAUUGUCCUCAAUCUGAUGAAGCUGUUCCUUGUAAUCAAGAAUCCAGGAGCAACGAAGAAGAAGAAGAAGAAGAAGAGGAGGAGGAAGAGGAGAAAGAACUUAUCCUACCAGUUAUCCUCAAAGAAAUAAAUUUUAUGGAAAAAGCAACUAAGGAACAAAAUAAGAUAAAUAACCAUAUUGAAAACUGUGCAAGCUUCUCCUCAAAAGAAGAUGUACAGCUCGAGCAUGAAACCCAAAGAAAAUUCAAAACUGAAUCAGCUUCAGGUAAUACGAGCCUAACACCAGAUAAAAGGAAGGUUGCAAAUUCAAUUGAAAUAGACCAGUUAACUCGAAAAGUUCAUAAACCUCUCCGUGAUUUGAUUAAUCACACAAAUAAGACAAUGUAUAACGUGGAUGUUGAUACGGUGAAGUUUAGAGUCGGGCUAUCGAGAAACCAAUGUAUGAGACUACCCAGUUUACACUCAAAGAAAUGCAUUGCUGAGAAUGAAACCAACUAA